UUGAAGUGGUGCAUUAGCACGACGUCAAAGCAAAAACUGCCCGCAAGAAUGUUGCAGAAUCUAUCAAUUACAUGGAUCUCAUUACAAACAUAAAAGAAGGCGACUUUUCAGAAUAAAGAAAUUUUGCUUGUAUGAUGGCAGGGAAACCAGGUAUCACAAGAACAGAAAGCCUGAACUCCUGAAAAUUUUUGUGAUCGCUGAACCUUUUUCACUUCUCUUUUUUCUGCUCUACAUAAUCCUUUCAUCUACAACAUAUACGUUUCUUUCCAACAAUUAUUCAUGACCAUUAGACUAUCCAAACGCUGCCAUAUCUCUUGUCUUUCACCUGAGGUUUUUCUAAGCAUUUUCUCCUGGGUUAGCAAAGCAGAUUUACAACGAUGUAUUUAUGUUUGCAAAGCCUGGUACCGAACGGCAGGGCAAAUAUACUUCCAACAUUUAAGUGUCGCAGACGGUAAGCAAAUAAUCAAACUAUUCCAAUACUUGAUAGUCAGCCCUAUGCCGGAAACAGCCUCAAUGAUCAGAUCUUUACACAUUACGAAUGAUCAAUAUCAAAGCUCUUUCCGCAGUUUCUCAAUAGCAGACGAGCACCUUCGUUAUUUGCUAGAAUAUUGUCCAAAUAUACAUGAACUAGGCUUCGACAGCAACUCACCCUAUUGGUUAUACUUAUACAACAUACCGAAUAAACCGAAUAUACUUAAGCCCAAAAAAUUGAUAUCAUUGGGAAGAAGGCGUGAUUUUACCGAUAGAUAUUUCUACAAAGUCGCAGCCUUUUAUGCAUCCUCUAUUACUGAAUUAGAAAUACACCAAGCAUGCGAUCCAGCAAUACGCGUCGACUAUGGCGGGCUAUUUGGUUACCUUUCUAUGUUUUCCAAUUUGAAAUACUUAUAUAUUCGAGAUGGAAGCACGAAACAUAUCGUCUACUUCCAUGACUUGUUGGAGGUGACGAGAAACCUUGAGAAACUUAAUUUCGAUAUUGGACACCCAUUCUUUCCCGAGAAUGAUGAGAUUAAUUUAUUGCAACUGAAGCAAUUAUCGAUAUAUCCAUCAUUGAGAUCACUUAGUAUCCGUUUAGACCAUCAGCUCCUACCUGAGAGAUUAAUAUACGUUAUAGAUCGCUUUCCCAAUCUAGUGCAAUUCAUCUUACGAUUGCAUUGUAAUCAGUUGCAUAAUGACGGCACAAAUAGAAUAAUUCCAGAUUUCCCUUUUGAACAUCCAGCUUUCCGAAACAAGUUAACAACUUUUAUCAGGCGCCUCAAGCAUACACUUUUACAUUUUGAAAGCAUGGAAGUAUCAUAUCAUGUCAUUGCACCUCUAUUGGGAUGUUAUCUCCUCAGUGAUAUACACACAAGAACAUCUAUAUCGGCUAGUUUUUGUAUAAAUAAGGGUACAGAUCAAACUAUAAUAGAUGUAGAUCGUACAAAUACUAUGAAUGAAAAACAGAAAUAUUCGGAUAUCACCACAAAGUUCAUGCUGAGUCAGCGUUAUGAUCGUCAAGAUUUUCUAGGCCGAUACCAAUUAGCACACCUGUCCUAUUUGUCUUUCUUUGGUUGUCAAGUCGUGAAUCUUGAUAUCACACUUUCGACAGAAAUAGUUGCUCUUAAUGCAGAUAAGGCUACCAAUGUAGAAUCAUUAUUGCAACUAUGCCCUCUUCUCAAAACACUUCGUAUCAAUAUCGAAAGCUCGAGGCCAAUUAUAGCGAUUUUACAAACCACAAAGCACUCACUAUCAGCAACACAGCCUCCAUAUGAAAGAAUAGGAACGGACGACACGGAGAAGCAAAAUGAGGCAGAAAAACGACAGAAUGAUCACUUAAAAUGUUUAACCACACUCAGUUUGUCCGGAAUUCUCAGCUCUGUACGAAGUUUGGAAGAGAUAGCAAUGGCGAAUCCAGAAAUCAAAGAGUUACAUCUCCUAAAUUGUGCCUUUUUGAAAGUCCAAAAGGCUAGCUUUGUACUCAAAGUGAAUUUGCGGUCUCUGAGCAUUUAUAGGUUUACAUUCGAUGCUUUUUCAUGUUUCCAUUACAUCAAAUCUUUGUCUAGCAGAAAUGUAUGCGUGGUGAUUGAGCAGAACAUGAGAAUACAUGCGGGGGAUAAUAUUGAAGAUUUUUUUAUGAGCAUACCUACCGUGUGUCAUUAUUAUCUGUUGCAGUAUGAAGAGAGUCUUUUCAAAAAAUGCCGUUUCAAACAAAUUACAGCCGAUCAGUAUAAAGGCUAUAAAGCUACAGAAGGAUUGUAUACGAUAUGGUUUGCAUUCAAGUCUUUGAAGGUUAUGAAGCUGCAAGUUGGUAAAAGCGUUCAGUCUACAGAAACCAUCGUAUUUUCGGACCUGGAUUUAGUAUACGAUUCAGCUAAUGAUUGUACAUUAGCGCUUCAAAUGGAGAAGUUGUCGUUGUAUAAUUAAUAAAUCAGGCUAAUAUCGAAGCCGCACCAAGC